CAAACCUUUCAGCGAUAGCAAGUCAGUAAAGAUGCAAAUAAUUUUAAUAUUGACUUUCACUUUAAUUUCAAUUGUUCAUGGAAACCAAAAACCUCCAGCAUGUCUUAUGCGCCCAGGAAUUUUCAAUACAAAUAGCAAUUUAAAUACUAAUUCAGACAGAAAUUCAAGAAUUGCUGGAGGAGAAGUUGCUGCUCAAGGACAAUUUCCAUGGCAUGUUCAUAUGGUUCUUCAUGAUGAUUUAGGUUUGAAAAUAUGCAGUGGAGGUUUGAUUAAUCCUAAAUGGGUAUUGACGUCCGGAACUUGUAUCGUUUGUGCAUCUUCAGCGAUUUUGUACCUCGGAGUUGUUGAUCGUUUGAGUUUUGAUGUACCAUGGAUGACUCAUGUAACAAAUUAUGACCAUUUUAUUGUUCACGAAGGAUAUGACAUAAUGAAUUAUGAAGAUCCAUUUGCUGACAAUAUUGGACUUGUCUUUUUGCAACACGGUGGUGAAUUUUUACUAGAAAAUGUGAACAUCAAUGUCAUCAGUUUACCAAUUGACUAUGUUGGACAAGAUUUUGUUGGAAUUCCAGCUAGUGCUGCAGGAUUUGGUGCCAAAGAUGAUCCUCCAACUCAUUCGUCACAGUAUUUGAAUUAUGUAGUAAUGAAUGUUAUAAAUAACGCAGAAUGUAACGAAACUUAUGGAGGAAUGAUGACUGAGAGCAAACUGUGUACAAAUACAGCUGGAGGAACUUCAACAUGCCAUGGUGAUUUUGGUGCUCCACUAUCAAUAAGUUCGAAUAAUGAAAAUACCAUAAUUGGAGUUGGAAGUUUAAGGUACUUUAAUGGUUGUACAGUCAAUGCACCAGCAGUGUUCACAAGAGUAACUGCAUAUUUGGAUUGGAUACAAGAAAAAACAAGUGAAGAACCAGAAGACAUGACAAAUUGCACAUGUGACUGUAUCUGCCACACAUGUCCAUCAAUUGAGUCGAGCAAAGUUGAACUUUGAAUUUUUAAAAUUAAUAAAUAAUUGCAAAAAUAAGCGUCUUAUGUUUUUUUAAAUGUGUCGAUCAAGUUAUUGAAAAUUUUUUUUAAAAAAUAAAUUUUAUUUCGUCAUUACUAC